GUACGCGUCUCCGCGGAACGUAGACGCGUCGACGGUCGAUUCGAGUUUGUGCCGCGUAAAGUAAACUAUUUUCUGUUUUCAUUCUGUGCGAUUUGCAUAUAAGUGAAGCUUGAUUAGUUACUGAAGUGAUGUGAACCUAUAUUUAUAACGGUGAUUAGUGAUUUCUGGAUUUCAGUUUCAAAGUGUGAUGAGAGCGCGCGUGUGAAGCCAUGGCGAAGAGAGCGCUGCUCUUGAUAUGGGUGGUCGCCGUCGUCACUGCAGAACAACAUGAUGACACAAGUUCGACCGAGCCUGAGCACACCACAGCCGCGCCAACACCACCUAUACCUUUACGACCAGAAUACGCACAUCCAGCUGGCGUAGAAGCGUUAGACCCAUACAACUCCGAAAAGAAUCCACCACCACACAGAGACUAUUUAGAAGAAGAUUACGACCAUGAAGGUCACAAAGAAGACGACCAUGAUAACAGAGAUGACGCAGACGAAUUGCCGUCUCUGUCCGGUGAUCAUCUAUUGCAAAGUUCUACAGAUGAUCUACCAAUGUUCUUGCUGGAACCGCAACACGCGUAUGUAGUGCGGAACAAGCCGGCUAUGUUGAGAUGUCGCGCCGCUAAUGCGUUACAAGUAUACUUCAUGUGCAAUGACGUUCGGUCGGUUGGUAGUACACAGUUUGAGUUUGUGGACCCUCAAAGUGGCGUUCGGAUCGUUGAAGCGGAGUGCAAUGUGACGAGGGAUCAUUUGGAGGAGUAUUUUGGUGAAGAUAGGUUCGAGUGUAGGUGCCACGCCUGGAGUAGCAGAGGUGAUAUUAGAAGCCAACCAGCAGUUGUUGAAUUGGACAUGGCCAACUACAGUUGCGUGGCAGAAAACAUAGCUGGCAAAAGAAUUUCCGAGUCCGCCACCCUUACUGUUUAUGUGAACGGAGGCUGGAGCGCCUGGGGCGCCUGGACUCAAUGCAGAUGCAACGGACGUGUCUCCGGUCAGCGCCGCACGAGAACCUGCACAGAACCCCACCCUCUCAACGGUGGAGCCCCCUGCCAGGGCCAAAGCGUGCAGAAGACAUCCGACUGCGUGUUGUGUCAGAGUGAUGGAUACAACAUGGAUCUUCAAAUAUAUGACAAUACGCAACAGUUAUUAAUUGCAUCGCCGGGAUCCGGUCGAUGGGGCAGCUGGACGGAGUGGUCAGAGUGCGGGUCUGACUGCCGGCAGUCGAGGCGCCGCUCGUGCGUCGGCGACGCGUGCUCCGGAGCGCAAGUCCAGCACGCUGAUUGCAUUGGCGACUUCUGUGGUGUGCAUGGAGUAGCUGCCCAUAGCGACAUACCAUUGUACAUCGGUAUCGCAGUAGCCGUGGUAGUGUUCCUUGCUGGCGCUGCAGUGCUGUACAAACUGCUGCAGAGGAAGACAAGGGAUCACUCGUUGUACACCAUGACAAGGACAGACUUUCAACCAGAAAUAUACCCCACUGUGGAGAAGCAAUCCCUCUCGCUGGCUCCAGACCUGAUGCAGCAUAGACCUCCCCGCUACGAUCCCCCAGACCCUCGGACUGAACAUCAUUAUGAUGUACCGCAUCUAACUAAUAGUUACGCCUCACCAGUAGACCAGCAAGUGACUCCAAGUGCCUCAAGCAAGGGACACAGUGAUGAAUACGACACGAAGCCCUAUAGCGAGUCUGAACAUUCUGCCUCUAGCUGCUUUACAAGUUCCGGGUCAAUGUACGAUGCAACAAACGAAUCAGUAACACUUCAGCUCGCAGAACUGGUGUCCAAUUCGCCAACAUCCCAAUCUCUCUCAGUGUCCAGUGGUGGAGCGCGGCUGUGCUUGCCCGCGGCGGGGGUCGCGCUUUCGAUCCCGGAGGGGGCAAUGAAUAGAGGCAGGAGAGAACAGAUCUACGUGGCUGUCGUGAAGGACGAUAGAUAUCGCGCUAGGUUGGGAAAAGGUAUCACGCAACUCAGUCCGGUAGUAAAAUGCGGCCCGCCUAGACUCCAACUCAAUAAGUCGGUUAUAUUGCAAAUACCGCACUGUGCGAGCCUCAAGCACGGCUUCUGGAAUCUCGCCCUGUACGCUAUAGACAACAACAAAGACAACUCGCCGCACUGGAAAAAAGUCGUCAAUCUCGGCCAAGAGACCAUAAACACCCCGGUCUUUACGCAGCUAGACACAGAUAAAAUAUACUUAGUCACCGACAUGCUGUCUACCUUUGUUCUAGUCGGCGAGAGUUUCAACGGGAAAGCCGUUAAAGCGCUCCAAUUAGCACUUUACGCCACCCCCAUUAACGAAGCAUCCACCGAAUAUACGAUCCGCGUUUAUAUCUUCGAAGACACGCCUUGCGCUACGUACUAUUGUCAAGAACAAGAGAAAAAACUCGGCGGAGUUCCUCUAGACCGACCUAAGACUUUGCUAUUCCAAGAUGGCGGCUCCAAUUUGUGUCUGAAUUUGGAACACGUCAGCCCCGGUUGGAAGGCGAAACCCGGCGUCGCGUACCAGGAGAUACCGUUCAACCACAUAUGGACGUCGAACUACAACGCGGUGCACUGCAAUUUCGCGUUGGACAGGUCGUACGAUAGCGACAACAUCGACUUCUCCAUAUCCGCGUGCCAAAGGACGAAUCCCUCGUACAAGCAAACGUUCCGCGUGUCCGUGGACAUGGCGCACCGCGGCCGCUCGCCGCGCGGGGAAUCCCGGAAUUUCAACAUCACAGAGAAUUUGCUGGAAGCAAGACUGGGCAGGAGCGACGCGAGCGACGACGGGAGCGUGAAACGGAGCGUCACCGUGAGCGAGACGGGCGUCAACGAAGCGGAGGGGCCGUUCAAACUGAGCGUCCGGAUCAAACGGCAGCUGUGUUCGAUCCUGGACCCGCCAAACGCGCGCGGCAACGACUGGCGCGCUCUGGCGUCCAGGCUGGGCGUGGACCGGUACACGACCUGGUUUGCGACCAAGAGCUCCCCCACGGAGGCGAUCCUGGAGCUGUGGGAGUGCAGGGAGAGAGGCCCGGGGGCCGUCUCGUCGCUGGCGACGGCGCUGCGGCAGAUGGACAGGCACGACGCCGCCGACUUGCUACAAGGCAGACCGUCUUGGUUAUGAAUUGGGACUUAAUGCGAUACAGCUCGACGCAAUGGCGAAUGCUUCGGCGAUUAGUUUUUGUUGAACUUUGAUUUUAUGAAAAUCUCGACUCGGAGGCGAUUGUUUACUUACAUUGCACAAGUUAUGUUUUUUUUACGUAGUCGUUUUAAAUCGUCAAAAUUUUCAUUUCUUAUCUCGUAGCAUUCUUCGUUGGUGUCGAUUCGUUGCUAAUUAUCUUGUAGAUUAAAUGUUAUUUAGAACAUAGUACGGGCCGAUGGUCGUGUAAAAUCGUGGUAGUUUUGUAUAGAAGCUCUAUCUAUGCUGUAGAUAAGCGGAAUAAAUUAUAUUAUAGUAGCAAUAAUAGUGCCUAAUCUUUAAAAGAACUCGGUCGUGGGCGGCCAUCUUGUUAAUUUUAUAAGCGUUUGAGUGUUCAUUGUAUUGGAAUGUGGAAUAUACAUUUUGUUCUUGCUUUUAUCAGUUUUUAGAGAUACGUGCCAAAUUAUCGAUAUUGUUUGGCUAUCUAUACGCACUACGCAGAGCUUAUUGUAAAAAUAACUGUUUAUUAUAAGACUUAAAUGCAUUUAUACUUUACUCGUACUCCCUCACUGCCUAUUUCUAUAAUAGAUUUUUUAUCAUCACCAUAAUAUAUGAUUUAAAAUAUUAAGUUUAAAAUUCUAAAGUAUGGUAAUGUUAGUGGAAAAAAAUUUAUACGUAUAUUGUUUUUGGAUACUUUUACUUUUCGAAUGUAUGGAUGACCGGUUAAUUUUGUUCCUGUUGCGAAAUAUAUCGAUUUGUAUAUAACGUGAUUAUGAUCGUACUUAAAGUGGCAAUCAAUAAAUAAUAUUGUUUUUAAAACGUUUUGCAUCUCAAAAUAUAUUAAAACCGUUUAUAUAACCUUUUAUUUUCUUUUUUUUUAAGUUUCAACAUAACAAGCAAAAAUAAGAGAUAUUAAUUUUUUUUUUUAUUAAUGUUGCCACCUUAAGUACCUGUGAUUUAAAUGUAAAUAAUUUUAAAACACGUAGAAAAAUGUAUAACCUGAAAAUGUGUUGUAUAAUACGGAAUCCUCACCGCUGUAGACUAUAUAUUUUUGUUAACGUGAUGACUAUUAAAUAAAUGGAUCUGUGAUAAUUAAAAUAAUAUGAAAUAAAUUAUGUUUAACUGUGUA